GACUCUCCGGAGGAGGAGGAGGAGGAGGAGGAGGAUGAAGAGGGAGGCGCUGUAAGGGACGCGUUUCGAGACUUCCAAGUUUUGGGGGAAAGGUGUACUUUGAGGACGCGGCGCACUUUAAAGGCGGGUAGGUGGCUCCGUUCUCAGUUCAACAACUGGACAAGACGUACUCGCGUCGCCGCGCUACACCCCCACCCCCCACCACCUCACCCUCCACCCACAUACGCAUCGUAUGGAAUAAUUAGGGGUAGCGUGCUGUUCGCCCGACGACGCCGGAGAUGUGGCGCAGAACAUAGGGGGGGCAGAUCCGACAAGCGCUCAGCGUUUCGCCGUUGACCCGCCGCUCUCGCAGGCGUCUGCUGGAUAUGCCGAGAAAAGUUCUGGAGAAUGAAGAAGAGGAAAUCCCCGUAGCGCGGGUUUCUCUCCGGUUGCCUCACCGCCGUGUUUUUCUCUGCGAUCGUCCCCCGAUACUCGCGCUCAGGAGGGCAGGAAGACAGCGGCGGGGCUGACACGAGCUGGCGCGGGGACGCGGCGCGCGCUAACUUUCGUCGCCAUUCACUUUAGUUGCACGUCUCGAUUUUUUUGUUUUUUUUGGGGGGGGGGCGACCCGCCGAGGACCCGCCGAUACUACCGGUCGACCGAGGCGUUUGGCGUGGUUAAACGCAGACAACCGACGCGGGAGCGCAGCCGGAACCGCUAAAUUUGUGGUCCCUUAAAAAAAGGGGCGAAAUAAACAGUGAUCUAACUUGGUGUGUUGGAGGAGAAGGACCCCCCCUGGCCCCCUCCCCCCCCCCAGUCCCCCUGAACUGAAAUGGAGGAGUGGAGACAAUGUGGGCGAUGGUUGAUAGACUGCAAGGUUUUGCCCCCAAACCACCGGGUCGUGUGGCCGUCCGCGGCCGUCUUCGACUUGGCACAGGCCCUCCGGGACGGGGUGCUCCUAUGCCAGAUGUUGCACAACCUCUCGCCGGGGUCAGUGGACCUAAAGGAGAUCAACUUCAGACCCCAGAUGUCACAGUUUCUGUGUUUGAAGAACAUCCGGACAUUUCUGAAGGUGUGCCAUGACAAGUUUGGCCUGAGGAACAGCGAGCUGUUCGACCCCUUCGACCUGUUCGACGUGAGGGACUUCGGCAAGGUGAUCUCGGCUCUGUCGAGGAUCUCGCACCACAGCAUCGCACAGAUCAAAGGCAUCAGACCCUUCCCAUCGGAGGACACAGCUCUGAACGAGGAUGAUGUGUAUCGAAGCCUUGAGGAGCUGGCAGAUGAGCACGACCUGGGUGAGGAUGACAUAUAUGACUGCGUGCCAUGCGAAGAUGAUGGGGAUGACAUCUAUGAGGACAUUAUCAAGGUGGAAGUACGACAACCCAUGAAAACUGGCAUGACAGAAGAGGACAAGAGAAAUUGCUGCUUAAUGGAGAUCCAAGAGACUGAGUCUAGGUACUACAAGACCUUGGUGGAGAUUGAGAAGAAUUACAUGAACCCUCUGAAGCAAGUUGUCAGUCCUCAAGACAUGGACGCCAUCUUUGUCAACCUGGAGGAUAUGGUGAAGGUCCACUUUGACCUUCUAAGGGCGAUCGAGCUGAACAUGUCCAACGGAGGAAAUAACCUAGGAAAGAUCUUCUUUGACUUCAAGGAAAGGUUUUUGAUCUACGGCCAGUACUGCAGCCAAGUGGAGAACGCCCAGAAGACACUGGCUGAUCUCAUUAUGAAAAGAGAGGAUGUCAAGAUAAAAGUAGAGGAGUGCACUAUGAAAGUCCAGAAAGGGAAGUUCAAGUUGCAAGAUCUGCUUUUGGUGCCUAUGCAGAGGGUGCUGAAGUAUCACUUGCUGCUGAAGGAGCUUUUGAGUCACACAUUUGACCAGCCGGAAAUACAGCAGCUCAAGCAGGCACUGGAAGCUAUGCAGGACCUGGCUAUGUACAUCAACGAAGUCAAAAGGGACAACGAAACACUGAAGAAAAUUUGUGAAUUCCAAAGUUCAAUUGAAAACCUUCAGCAGGUGAGACUGGAGGAAUAUGGAAGGCCAAAGAUAGACGGAGAACUGAAGGUGUCCUCUAUCGUCAACCGAACAAAGCAGGACCGGUAUAUAUUUUUGUUUGAUAAAGUAGUCAUCGUCUGCAAGAGAAAAGGCUACAGCUAUGAGCUUAAAGAGAUUAUUGAACUGGAGUCAUACAAAAUUUCUGAUGACCCCACGAACAACAGCAGAGACAUGAGGAAGUGGUCAUACGGUUUCUACCUGAUCCAUCUGCAAGGGAAGCAGGGCUUCCAAUUCUUCUGUAAAACUGAGGAGACCAAGAGGAAGUGGAUGGAGCAGUUUGAGAUGGCAAUGUCCAACAUCAAGCCAGAGAGAGCCACAGCCAAUCAGCAUAACUUCCAGAUGCAUACAUUCGAUGAAAAUACCAACUGUCAGGCCUGCAAGAUGCUGCUGAGGGGUAUCUUCUAUCAAGGGUACUACUGCUCUCGUUGUGGGGCAGGAGUACAUAAAGAGUGCCUGGAAGUUAUCACCAUCUGCAAAAUCAAUCCCCUUGAUUUGGAACCUGGGAUGUCAUCAGGUCCAAAGAUGGUGGCAGUGAGGAACUACCACGGAACACCAACCCCUCCAGGAAAACCUGCACUCUCUUUCCAAACAGGAGACUUCAUUGAGUUAAUGAAGGGAGACCCUGAUACCUCCUGGUGGGAGGGAAAGCUGAUUCAAACCCAGAAGAGUGGCUUUUUCCCCAGUUCCUGUGUAAAGCCUUAUUUGGACCCCAAGCCGUCCCAGUCAUUCCCAAGCCGGCAGUCCUCGAGGGAAACCGAUUACCAUGGAUAUCCUUGGUUUGCGGGGAACAUGGAGCGGCAGCACGCCGACAACCUGUUAAAGUCCCAGAGCAACGGCACCUACCUGAUCAGAGAGCGGACGUCCGAGGGGGAGAGGUUCGCCAUCAGCAUCAAAUUCAAUGAUGAAGUGAAGCACAUCAAAGUCAUUGAGAAAGACAGCUGGAUCCACAUAACCGAGGCUACGAAGUUUGAGAGUCUCCUGGAGCUAGUGGAGUAUUACCAGUCACAUUCACUGAAAGAGAGCUUCAAGCUGUUAGAUACGACACUGCGCUACGCAUACAAGUCCAAAGCACGCUCCAUAGGCCGGGGCAAAUCCCGCAAUACAGCGCUCACGCCACGGGUGGUCAGCACGGCGGUAGCCAGGUACAACUUUGCAUCGCGAGACAUGAGGGAGCUGUCACUUCGAGAAGGAGACGUCGUGAAGAUUUACAACAAGAUCGGCGGAGAUAAAGGCUGGUGGAAGGGAGAGGCCAACGGACGAAUUGGGUGGUUCCCCUCCACCUACGUGGAUGAAGAAGGAGCGCAGUAAGGCUUGGACAUCGCCGGCUCCCCUUCGAGUCAGAGCCCACCUACCGGUCCACAAGUCCUCAGAGCAAACUACCUUGUCUCCAGGAGAACACCACAAAGAAAGAGGAGAAAGACAACAAAACAAAACUUUUUUGCUGGAUCCUUUGCAGUGAGCGUUUCUACUCUUUUCUACUUUGUUUCUAUUUUUUUUUUUGGUAGGAUGUCCUGUUUGAUUUCUGUAUGGAGAAAAACAAAAGGCUCUCGGUCUGUCAGUCUCCGGGUGCGCUUAAGAGGCUAUGCUGUGCCGAACAUAGAAAGAUACAGCAGCAGAGACCAAGAGACCGACCGGACCGUCUGGACGGUAAAGUCUCCCCUCUCCGUCUGGAAGGUAGAGUCUCCCCUCUCCGUCUGGAAGGUAGAGUCUCCCCUCACCGUCUGGAAGGUAGAGUCUCCCCUCUCCGUCUGGAAGGUAGAGUCUCCCCUCUCUGUCUGGA